AUGACGGACCGGGAGAAGUACCCAGAGCUUUUCCUCCCAGAUGCUAACAUCGAUCGUCGAACAUGUGGACGUAUUAUGCCAAUGGAGGUCCUGAGCCUGGGGCUGUCCAGGACGGGCACUACAUCGCUUCGCCAAGCCUUGAUGAUUCUCGGACACAGCGAAGUAUAUCACGGCUUCCGACAGUUCAAUAAUGUCAGCGAAUGCGCUUUCUGGGUCGAGGGUUUCAAGGCGAAGUAUGACCCAGCAUCUGGCCGGAAACCGUUCGGCCGUGAGGAAUUUGAUCAGUUGCUUGGGCAUUGUUCCGCCGCUUGUGAUACACCCGCCAAUGCAUUUGGUCCUGAGCUGAUUGCUGCGUAUCCAGAUGCAAAAGUCAUUUUAGUGGACAGAGAUAUCUCCAGUUGGAUGAGGAGCUUCGAAGAUACUAUCAUUAAGUGGUUCUUCGAGAACAGGCUGCUGCGGCUGCUCUCCUUCCUGAGAGCCCCCCAAGUCGCAGAGAUCGACGACAUGAUGAUUGCCUGGCUGAAGUACGUAUUCAAAGCCAGCAAUCGGGAAGAGUUUCGGGAAAAUGCACGAGCGGUUUACAUUGACCACUACAAGACCAUACGAGAAGUGACGCCUCCCGAGAGGUUACUCAACUUCAGGCUUGUCCAAGGUUGGGAGCCACUAUGCGAGUUCUUGGGGAAGCCGGUUCCGGAUGUCCCUUUCCCGCACAGCAACGACACUCAGGCGUACCAUGACCAGCUUGAGGUCGUGACGAGGAGGGCGACCUCCCUGAUGCUGCGUAGGGCAGCCCCAGUCUUGGUAGGUGUGGCUUUCGCAGUUGGGGCUGUUUUGUUCAAAUACAGGGUGAACAAGCUCUAG